AUGCCCAUUUCCACCGCGCCGAACCCCCUCGGCCACCUCAAGAACAACACCGCCGACUGGUGGUGGAAGGACCCUGGCAUGCGCAAGCUGGCUGCCCCAAUGCUACUCGGCUUCUUGGGUGCAAUGCAAACCGGUUAUGACUCGUCCAUCAUCGUCAACCUCCAAGCCAACCCGCUCUUCUGGAUUGCACUUGGCACUACCUCCCCCGCUAUCAUCGGUUGCGUUGUUGCUGCCAACCCGCUCGGCGCACUUCCAGGCCUCAUUCCUGGCGCUUUCAUCUCCGACCGUUGGGGCCGCAAGUUUCUCAUGAUCGUCGGUUACGUCGGUCUUCUCGGUGCCUCUGUCUUUCUGUGCUUUGCCUUUGGCGCCUGGAAGCACUUUGGCGCUCGCUUCUUCCACGGUAUCUUCUCUGGCUUCACCUCCCUUGCCGGCGGCCCCUACACGACCGAGAUUGCACACCCUCGCAACCGCGCUCAGUGCACCGCUCUUAUCCAAUCCUGUCAAUUCUUCGGUGCCGUGGUUGGCUGUUGGGUCUGCUACGCCUGCUGGUACAUCGAAGGCGAGUGGAGCUGGCGUCUCCCACUGCUCCUUCAAAUGUGGACACCCAUUCUCGGUCUUGCCCUCAUGCCGUUCUGCCCCGAGUCUCCUCGCUGGCUCGCCAGUCACGGUCGCAUGGAGGAGGCCCACCGUGUCAUCGCCAAGUUCCACUCCAACGGUGAUAUGAACGACGAACUGGUACAGCACGAACUCAAGGAGAUCAGGGCCGCACUGGAGAUUGAGAGGUUGGCAAAGGCCGUCAAGUACCGCAGCUUCUUCGCUACCAAGGGCAACCGGCACCGUCUUCUCAUUGUCAUCACUUGCGGCCUGGGCAUGCAGAUGGUCGGCAACAGCGUCAUCACCUUUUACCUCGUGCCCAUUCUCCUCUCGGUCGGCAUCGUCGAUCCGGCAGAUCAGAUGAUCUACAACGCUGGCCUCCAGAUGUGGAACUGGUUUGCCUCCAUGCUUGGUGCUCUGCUGUGCGAGCGCUCUGGUCGUCGCCCAAUGUGGUUGAUCUCCUGUGAAGGGCAGCUGAUUUCCUACACUGUCAUCACGAUUUGUUCGGCACUGUUCGCCCAAGGCAGCCACGCAGCAAGCUAUGUUGUCCUGGCGUUCCUCUUCGUCUACUUCUUUUUCUACGCCAUUGCCUUCACACCGUUGAGUCUGGCCUAUGCCGUGGAAAUUCUCCCCUACACCAUGCGCAGCAAGGGCCUGUCCAUCUUUUUCAUUUGCUCCAUGCUCUCUGUCAUCCUCAACACAUUUAUCAAUCCAAUCGCUUUCGACGCCAUCGCGUGGAAGUGGUACAUCUUUUGGAUCGGCUGCAUCCUUAUCGUCGGCACCAUCAUGUUCUUCUACUUCAUUGAGACCAAGCACCGUACCCUCGAAGAGAUGGCAGAGCUCUUUGAUGGCCCCAGUGCCGACAAGAAUGCCUGCGUCCCACCACCUGACACCGCCGAAGAAGACAAGGACAAGGAGGCGACGCAGUCGGAGCUCGACGACAACAUUGCCCAGCUCAGUUUCCACCCUCGGCAGGAGGGCGCUUGA